AUGUUAGGUUCAUUAAAAGAAGUCAAACCAGUCGACGCUGAAAUCAAAGAAGUCUUAUCAAAAGUUGAUGACAAAGUCAAAUCAACCUUAAAUGUCACUGAAUUCGAACCAGUCUCAUACAAAACUCAACUUGUCAACGGUACCAACUACUUUGCCAAAGUUAAAACCCCAUCA